UUUUUUUUCCCCCUCUCUCGCCUUUCCAAGAUCUUUCCAGCUCAGGCGAGAUUGAUUGAGGUCACGUGACGAGGAAACGUUGGGGUUUUUUUUCUUCUUCUUCUUCGCCUACUCGCGCGAGCUGCUCAACCGCCGCGUCACGUGACGCCAGGCUCGCGAGGAGGCGGCUCACUUUCGGGUCUUCUUCUUUGUCGUCGUCGUGAGGUGGAAGCGCUUCGGUCGACGCUCUCGCCGUUAUGAGCUGCUGGAGCAACGCGGGGUGGGUGCUGCUUGUGCUGCUCCUCGCCUCGGCCCUCGAAGAAGAUGGUGCUACUAAUACUACCACAGCCAGCCCAGUAACAGUCAACGUAACUUCCACAGGUAAUACAACUUUGGAUCCAGUGACCUCCACGCCUGCUAAUGUUACAGGAAGUACAAAUACAACUGUUCCGCCAACACCAGACACCAAUGCUACUACAGUUCAUCCACCAACCACAGGUAACACAACAUCGCAUCCAGUAAGACCCACAUCUCCUAAUGCUACAGUAAUUAUAACUACUCCACAUACGUCAGAUCCUGUAACUCACAAGCCAACUUCAACACCGCCUUCUCACAAGUCCACUUUUGAUGCUGCCAGUUUCAUUGGUGGUAUUGUCCUUGUGCUGGGUCUGCAAGCAGUUAUCUUCUUUCUGUACAAAUUUUGCAAGUCAAAAGAACAAAACUAUCAUACUCUCUAGGAUAUGUUGCUUUUAAAUGGACUUCUAAUAGCUGAAUAUUUGUGGUUAGCUGCACCAAAAGAUCUUUAUUCCUUAUAGAAGACAGUAAUUAAAAACAAUAUUUUUCAAAAGUUUUAUUAAAAGAAUAUAUAUCUGCAACAUGCUUGGAAGGAGGUUGUGUGAAUCCUGUCUUGCUCUGCAAGAUUAAUUACAAUAUUUUGCAUGAAUCCUUAUUGGCUGUCUUAAUUUUUUUUUUUUUUGUAGCAGCUGCUACUAUGGAAUUUUUUCCUUUACCGGACAUGCCAAAUUCUUACUGUGUUCAGUGACAGCAGUGUACUUAUUAGGUGAUCUUAUUAUAGCAAUGUCUAAGGUAGUUAGUCUUAUAUGCAAUGUCCCCCAUAUUAUUAUUAAAAUGUGAAUUGCCCAUGACAAUUUGUGUGAAAAUUAUGGAGUUAUAUCAUGUUCUGUCAGAGGUCUGACACAGGUUUGUAGAAUACUAUCUUUUUUCUUAGGAAUUAUGGAAGCCCAUAUUUUUCUAUACUAGAUGUCAGAAGGGUAAUUGUUUUCUAAUUCAGAUGUAAGCAGCCAUAGGAAGAAUAAUGAUCAGAGAAUACAGAUUCCUUGGUGCAUGAAGAAGAAAGAUCAGUGCCUUAAUGAGUAGGUUGAAAAUUGCAGUAUUUGUGCCAUCUUAUUUGUUCAAGGUAUAAUGAAUGUUAUUCCAUUUGCAGCUACUUCCUUUGGUAGAAACAAGAAUAAACAUAUUUCAUAUGCCAUUUUCAAGUAAUUUUAGUGAAAUAGAAAUGGAAAAAAACAGUGUGUCCAGCCUUCAUAUAAUCUUUCUAAACUUAUGUCUUCGGAUUACUUGCCUUGGAAAACAAAGCAACAGGCUUUAUACGUGAGAGUACUAUUUUGUCAUUUAUGGCUAUUUCAGAGCCACAGUAAAUGUGCAUGACUUUGUGAAUGGUAUUCUUUUCCCACCUAGCAACCUAGUUUCCCUUUCAUCAGUUUCAUAAAGCAUUGAUUGUAAUUAUAAAGCUGAGCUGACUGUGUCCUUGGGGCCGCUUUAGCUUUUAAUUGUCAAUACGAUUGCUGGUGUUUAUUUUGCAAACUGCAUGACACAUGCAGUUUAAAUACUAGUAACUUAGUAGUAGGUUUAAAUGUUAUUCCUGGAUGAGCUGCAAUGAAACUCAUGGGGAAAAUGUAAUACUUGAUGUUAAAUUGCUAGUGGUAUUUGGCUUCUUGUAAAAAUGUAAGUGCAUUUUACUAUUACGGUUUCUCUAGCCCUUCUAGCUUGAAUUGUAGUCACUUCAAUAAUGUUGUAUAGGAAGUUUGUAACAUUUAGCAAAUAGUACUGUAACUUGAAAGACCUUUCAGGCAACUUCUCUCCUUAAAAAAAGACAAUAAGCUCAGGUGUAUGAAACAGUAAAUUGGCCACCCAGCUUUCAGCAAGCAGCAUGGCUGAGGUAGGUGGUACAAUGGCCUUAAAAUAAUCAUUUCCCCAUCACUUUUAGUUUGAUAAAUCAAAGAUAAUUAUAGAAAUAUAUUCUAAGAAAUAAACAUAAGAGUAAUAUACUUAAGAAGUGUGAUUCAGCCCUUGCUUAUGCUUAAUGAAACUCAAAACCUAUUACCUUUCUUGCUGAUUCUUGAAUGGCUUAUAAUAUUUUGGCUUAUAAAAUUAUAGUAGGUUUCCAAAGUGUAAUAGGUUUACACAAUUCUAAGAUUGAAAUUUGAGCCAGUUUCGUUACUGAGCCAAGAGUAGCUGUCAAAAAUACCACUAAAUAGACAUAUUUUGCGCUAAGCAUAAAAAUCCUCCUUUAAGUGCCUUAAGUUUUCCUGAUGUUGGCCUCAUUCCUGUCAAAGAAAUGUAGGGAGGGAAAGUAGCUACUCAGAUUGUCCCUCUGUGCCAGCAGUUGCUAUUUUCCAAGGAAUUUAGAAAAUUCAGGUUUUGCUGCUACUCUUCAGGAAGUUCACAUUUUCUACUUUAACAUACACCUAUGUAUUUAAGACAUUCACCUUUCCAUGUAAUGGCAUAACAUUUGGAUGUUUAGACCACGCUAUUUCAACCACGUACCAAACUCUGGCUUAAGACUGUGAGGAUUUUCCUCUUAUAUACUUGUUUUUUUUAUCUUCUAUACGUAGGUGAAAACUAUUUUGUUCUCAGUUUCAUAGCAUAGUUAGGCUGGCAUUAGUUACAGUAAUAGAUUUUCACUAUUUUCUGCUAUUUGAAGUUCAGAAUAAGGCUUUAAAAAUGUGCCAGUGUGGAAUAGCUGAUUAUGUGAUCUCUAAUUAUAAGGCAGUCAGUAAAUUGUGAUUGUUUUCAUCCUUUUAUGAGCAUUGUCCCUAAAAUUCCCUUGUGCGCAUUGCACUUGGAAUGUAAUAUUACAGAGAUUAUUGUGUUGCAUAUGUGUUGUCUCCAUUGGAAGAAAUGCAAAUUAUUAAUUGCAAAACCAAAAUUAAUAAAUCACUUAUGAAUAUGC